AAUGGCGAUUAAAAAGUGCUACCUCAGCUUGAACAUGUACGUACUUAUUCGUGCAUUGAUAAACUGUGGACGACGUUGAUCUUCUGCUUACCUGAGAGAAAUGGAUGUGAUGAAACCAACGCUCAUAUAUAUUGGAGGACGAUGCUACCGAAAAAUGCCAUUUGAGCAGAAAAUCGAACAUCAUUCGGACCGUGUUCCAAAGCAACAUGCAAGUCUUUCAGAACGGGUGGAUUGGGAAGAUGACGAAGCUUGCGAUGUGAGUGAAUCUGUUGAGAGGACAGAGCAGGGAUACAGGUUAUCUGUGGAAAUACCAAGCUCUUUAUUUAAAUUUAUCCUUGGAAGGAGGGCUGAAACAAAGAAGAAAAUCGAAAAAGAAACUAACACACAAAUAAUGGUUCCAAGACAGGGAGAGGAGGGAGAUAUUGUGAUAACUGGUCCCAACAGGAGUGGUGUGGUGGGAGCAAGAAGCAGGAUAGAGGUGAUUGCUGAAUCUUCCAGACAGAAGAUUCCUUUCACCCAUUUUUUGUGUUUUCCUUUGUACAACAGUGACUUGGAACGGAAAAUGGAUGAAUUUAAAGUUAAAGUGCUCAAAGAUUGUUUUGAGUGUAGAGGGAUUGAUGCCAACAUCUUUCAGCUGCCAACUAAGAUUCAUUUAACUGUUGGCAUGCUGACCUUACUGAGUGUCAAAGAAGUGAAAAAUGCAACAGACAUCUUGACACAGUGCUACCAAGACCUUGUUAACAAGUGGCUUCACAACAAGCCGGUAGUGGUUGAACUCAAAGGUGUGGAGUGUAUGAAUGAUGAUCCUUCUGAAGUAAAUGUCUUGUAUGCAAAAGUGCUUGUAAAAGACAACUCUGACAGGCUCCAGCUGUUGGCUAACGCGUUGGUCGAUACGUUCGUGUCUGCCGGUUUGAUGAAACGCGAAUACGACCGUGUCAAGUUACAUGCCACUGUAAUGAAUUCAAAACUUCGUGAUGAUGCCUAUGGAGCAGAAACUUCGACCAAAAGCGGCAGAGGCGAUGCGGCACCAAGAUUUAAAAAGAGAAUAUCAUUUGACGCAAGAAAAGUCAUUAGAUCAUUUGAGGACUUCAGCUUUGGUGAAUAUCACCUGGACACGAUUCAUCUUUCAACUAGGGGAGUCUUUGAUUCCCAAGGACACUAUGAUUGUGCGACUUCUGUUCCUUUACCGUAAAAUCCUUCAAGACAUUAUGAACAUUUGACGAGGAAUUUUUUGUUCUCGAUUUCAUCAGUUAGUUGGUUUGGUAACACUGACGUUGAAGUAGGAAAAAGUUUAAGAAAGCCACGAAGUGAUUUUUUAGUGGAAUCGACCGUCAUGGCUCACCAUAAGUUACACUGCCUAGUAAUUCAUGGAAUGCAUUUAACGAAUCUUUUCUACUAACUGUCGCAAUACCUAUCCAAACGACACGAAAAGCGGAAAAGAUUGUGACAGAAUACUGGAUAAAUGAAAAAACAUGCUUCCGUUUUUAACGUUUCUCCUGUAAAACAACUGUGAGUAGUCUUUGGAACUCACACGACUAUUCCUUAAUAAUAUCGAUACCUCGAACAAGAAUCUCAGACGUGGCCAGCCAGAAUUAUGUUUCCAGAACUGAUAAUCACCGGAACUUUCGAAAAACUGGCCUUGUCAAAUAGACAUAUAAAUGGAUACUUUGUAGAAAUAAAUGACAGCCAGAGGCUGAAUUACCUAUAUACAAUUUAACAAUUGGUUCAUAUGUCAGCGUGCGUUCAUCGAGAUAUGAAGCAGGAAGUUUGGAGAGCACGA